CAGCUCUUGCCUAAUGUAAAUCUGGUAUCGGAGACCGGAGAAAAGAAAACAACAAGUCCAACAGCGUGUGUUGACGACGGCACGACAGGCACAGGGUGACUAUUAUAGUUUCCCAAAGCAAUAUGGCCAAAAGUAUCAGAAGCAAGCAUCGCAGACAAAUGCGGAAUGUAAAGCGUGAACAUUUUGCGAAGAAAGAUUUAGAUCGUCUGAAGAGAUUAGCUUCUAAAGCUAAAGAACUGGAUUUGGAUAAUGUUGUCACAAUGAAAUCAGCAGAAGAAAUAAAAGACAAGCCAUCCACUUCAACUUCAGAUACAGGAAUGGAAGUGGAUAAUACCAAGAAAGUUUUCAAGAAGAAGACUCAACAAAAUGAGGAUGGACACUACCCUCAAUGGAUGAACCAGAGAGCUGUCAAGAAACAAAAAGUGAAAGUUGCCAAAUUGAAAACAAAAAAGAAAAUCGGAAAGAAAAUAAAAUGGUGACCAAACUA